UCUGCUAUCAUCUACAUCUACUUUCUAGAUAUCUUAGCUUACAAGCAAAUUAAUACUAUAACCCCUCUCACUCUCAGAAGUCCAGACAUGGAUUCCAAGCUCGAAUCCAAAGACUAUGCAACCAGCAUCCACAGCGUUGCUUCGUCCACCAGUACACUACUGGACACUUCAAAGGCCAACUUCCUCGAAGGCAGGCGAUUCCAUAUCGAAGCAAAGGGUAUCCGUGCAAUUCGCCCACCCAUGCCCAUGAGACAGAAUGAAAUCCCUAUUUACACCGCCGACGGUACCUUAGCAUAUACAGCCACCAAAGACAAGGCCCUCUCGAGUCAUACCAUUCUUGCAUCACCCAAACACGGAGAUCUCUUCUCCAUUGACUUUAGGCCAGGUUGCUCUCCCUGGAUCCGCUUUUUACCCUCCGUAGAGGGGGACGUCAUUCCGCCCAUUGCCUUGCAGGGAAAGCUGACCACCCGCACCAUGUCAUUUACGCCUCCAGAAGGGGGAUGCAAAUGGGAAUGGAAGUACUCAACCAUCGCCUCUCCAGAUGGAGCUAAGCUCAAGGCCUUGUGUUUGGAGAAGAUUGAUGAGGCGGAAUGUGCAAAAGUUACACAGAUCGCCUAUCUACUCCGGGGUCCAGAUGCACGUGCGACAGGUUCGUCUUGUUGUUCUGCUGGAAAUGGUGGUCAACUGGUCAUUAGUCUUGAUGUCGACUUGAGCAUGGUCGAGGAGGCUCUAAUUAUCGCCACUUGUUUAGUCAUGUUACGUAGGGAAAGAGAUCGUCGCAGGUUUAUUCAGGCUAUGGUUAUUGGGGGUAUGGGCAGCUAAAAUAGCUUUGGUUUUACUGUACAACUGGCGACUGGCACUUAUAUCCCGUAAUUAGAUGUUUUUAUGAGGUUUAUUUGGAGCUUUCAUGAAUCUUUCAUUUACCGUUUAUCCUAUGCAGAAGGG